AUGAGCACUGCACGAGAAUAUCACACAGCAAUCAUAUUGACAAACGGAUAUGUCUUAGUUACUGGUGGACUCAGUGGUAGCACCGAAUUGAGUAGUGCAGAAAUGUAUAAUCCAUCCACAGGACUCUGGACAUUUACUGGCUUCAUGAACACUUCACGAUAUGAUCACACAGCAUCCAUGUUGACAAACGGAAAUAUAUUAGUUGCUGGUGGAACCUCUGAUAAUAGUAUCAUAUUGAGUAGUGCAGAAGUAUUUGGAUAA